GGAAUCCGAGCGAGGUAAUAAGUCCUUUAGCCCUCCAAUUUUCUCCUUCUCUUUCUUAUUUACCAACCUAACAACACAUCGCUCAUUUACCUCUAUCGCAUCUAUUUCAACAUCCAAGUUAUGAGUGUCCAUGGGCAUCAAAAAUCACCCAGUGCCGGACGCUUUACCGAACACUUUGACAACGUGAUAGCAGUUCCAGUUGAAACUACCAAUAAUCGACAGUCCAUCAGUCGAGGUUUAUCAUUACGACGUAAUCGUAACUCUUUACCACCCACUGCAGGAUCUGACGCCCCUCCUUCCAAUAUACCAACAAACGCUGAACCAGCGUCACCGCAAGCCCCACUUCCCCAGCAACGACUUUCACAGUUGCCGCCUGCUAUAUCGAAUCCUCCUCAGCAGCUACAAAGGAACUUCUCGCAGCCUCUACAGCAAACAGUACAAAUGCCUCUAGUAUCCGAGCCUGGGGAACUGAACAAGCGCGAUUCGAGAGGCCCACCACCGGGAAUGAAGAAUGCGAACUCGAAUGCGGUCGAGCCACCACCUGUAUUUCGACCUCCUCAACAAAAAUCAAACUCAAUAUCUCGAAGAUCAGGUUCCAUAGGUCGAUCUGGUACGGGAGGAUUCAACUCCAGUUCAGAUGGCAUUAAUCCGUCUGAGGUGCUUAUUAGCCGUCUUGAUGCUUGGCGAGUCAUGAUCAAGAUGUUUAUAGAUUACUUUGACGAAAUCGCCAAGGCCGAGGUCCAGAUGGCUCGAAAUUAUAUGCGGUUGUCAGGUAUCAUACAGUUGCCUAUCCGUGAAGGUCAUUUCAAGGAAGAUAACGGCAUUCAGGAUGUGUGCGUGGCGUUCAGGGACGGAUCCAAAAGUGUUUCAGAAGACCAUGAUGACUUUGCAAAAUUCAUCAUGGAAAACGUUUUGCCUUCCUUGAUAAGAAUCAAGAAGAAGAUUAAGGAUAGAAUGCGUGAGAUGAAGAAUGAUGAAGGCCUUCAUCUUGAUACUCUAUGGAAAGAAAUGGAUCAAACCAAAAAAGCGAUGGCUUUUCUCGACAAGCAGUGUGCAGUGGCUAAACUGCAGCAACCCAGUCAACAGGUAUCACAAGAUCCUUGGCUUGCCAAUCUUCAUGUCAUGCACCAACUUAAGCAACAGAUUGAAGAGGAGAACAGACUUCAUGAACGCAUGAUUGCUUUGCAACGCGAAGUAGCCACUUUCGAAGGAUCUAUUGUAGAUAGUACCAAAUCAGCUAUGCGCACCUUUUACGAUCGUCGUGCAAAGGAAAUAUAUAGCCAUUCCACCAGUGUCGAGUCCAUCGUCUAUGUCCUAGAUAAUCUCAAGCUGGAUACAGAAUGGCAUGAAUUUGUAUCCAAGCAUGGUGAUCAAUUAGUACGCGAAGAUGCUGGGUUCCGAAACUAUCGUGAUAUUGAUUAUCCAAAUAAGCUCGACCCUCUGGUCCAAGCCAUCAAGAAGGGUAAACUCAGUCGCAAGACCGGCGUGAUGCGAAGUUACAAUGAGCGAUACUACGCUUUGACGCCUUGUGGCUAUUUACAUGAGUUCCGCCCUGAAGACAAGCUGGAUCCCGAGCUUUCCAUUUAUAUCCCAAGUACCACCGUUACUAUUCUUGAGCCCACCAAAGGAGGCUAUGGUCUUGAAAUCCAUGGUCGUAAUACGGUUGGCAUGAUGAACAGAGAGCGUACCUACACGUUGCGUGCAUCUUCUUCGGAAGAACAAAACGAUUGGUAUCAACAGCUUCAGAUCCUAGCAAACCGUCCUCCACCUGGCCCUGCGCCUGUUCCUGCGGGGGUUCCUAUGGACGUCAAGACCUAUGACAUCGAUCCACCCAACAGUGAUCACCCAACCUAUCCUCCUCACAAUUAUCAUGACAUGCCCCCGCAGCCAUCCACAGAUACUAAGCAUCUAGUGAGCGAACCCACCACCACGGAUUCCUCGACCCAUCACGUUCAAUUUGACGAUGAUUCCAUCUUGUCCAGUCCUCUCAACAGUCCUCCCAAAUCUCCUAUUCCUGCCGCGGAACACCAUGUUUCCUUUGAUAGCGACUCUGACAUCUCGUAUGAAGAGGCUUCUCCUGUGCCUUCCAACAUUGUACGUCAGAAUCCACCUCUUGCUUCACCCAAGCCGAAGCAUGCCUAUAUUGGCGGUUACAAACCGAUGCUUCAAGGACGUCAGCCCAGCGACAUCUCUGCUGGUCCGGAAAGCGGACCUACAUCGCCGCGCUAGAUUGUGUCUUUUAUAUUUUUCUUGAACAGUCGUAGAAACAGAAAAAAACAACCAAUAGUUCAUAUUUAGAUAUGAAUGUGAAACAAUAAUGUCUAUAAUACUAUCCUAUGCCACAAAUUUUAUAUAUAAUAUAGCUU